AUGGGGGACGGGGACGGGCACGGGGAGAAAACCCCACCACGAGCAGGGCCAGAUGGCGGGAGAGGAUGGGGGAGUACGGGGGGGGAAGGAUCAACCCGCCAGCGCACGAGGCUGGGGGUGGGUGGAGCUACGGGGACUAGGAGGAGGACGGCUAUGGGGGCAAAGAGGGGGGAAGAGAGGACGAAGGAGGCAAGCGGAACGACGGAUACCCACUCUCAGCCCCUCGGACUGCGCCCAAGGACUGAUAGUGGAUGCUUCCUCUGUGAGGAGGAAGCGCUCCGGGAGAGGGGACGGGAGGAGGGAGGAAGAAGUCAAGCCCCACCGCCCCCAUCCACAAGGGAACUCCCCUCGUCCGCCCCUCCCCAUAGCUUCCCCUGCCCCCGCCCUGUGGCCGCCCCUACCCACACCUCCCCUCCACCUCCACCUCCCCUCCACCUUUACCUCCAGCGCACAAGGCUGGGGUUUGGGGAGACGGAGUGGGGAUGGGGACGAGGACGGGGGAGCUAUGGGGGCGGCUACAGGGGCGGGGGCAGGGGAAGCUACAGGGAGGGGAGGGCGAUGGAGCUCCCUUGUGUGAGGGAGGGAGGGUGGGAGGGAGCGACGGGGCCCACAGGGACCAAAGGUGGCCCUUGA